CAGAGAGCACCAACAGCCUCAACACAGUCUGAGAAAACUGAAUAAAAAUCAGUUUGAUUUCUUCUGCUGACACACCAACUGCUGCACCUCCUCCUCCUCCUUUUCAUCAAAGAAUCUCCUCCUCCUCCUCCUCUACAGCUCUAUCAUGGUGGCUCUGUGGCUCCAGUCCGUCUCUCUGCUGGUCUUACUGGUGGUGUUGUGGCCGGGUUGCCAGGCCUCCCCGGGGCAGCGGCCCAUAUGCGGCUCCCACCUGGUGGACGCCCUCUACCUGGUCUGUGGGGAGAAAGGCUUCUUUGGUUACCACCUCAGUGAGAAGGAGAUAGGUGAUGCGGCCUACAGGGACGAGGUCUGGAAGAAGAUAUCUUUCUCCUUCUGGAGGCAGUGCUGCUUCCAAACCUGCAGCAUUUAUGACCUGGUAUACUACUGCGACUGAACAGGAGAUCUGGUUAGCCUAGCUUAGCUGCUACUGAACAGGAGAUCUGGUUAGCCUAGCUUAGCUGCUACUGAACAGGAGAUCUGGUUAGCCUAGCUUAGCUGCUACUGAACAGGAGAUCUGGUUAGCCUAGCUUAGCUGCUACUGAACAGGAGAUCUGGUUAGCCUAGCUUAGCUCAGCUUCCUGUCGUCUCUCUGAAAAACCAAAUGCUGAGAAAUGGAUGAAAUUAAAAUAAUAAACUCAAAUUAAGAUAUCUGUGUUUAUUAAUUUGGUGUCUUUUUAUUGCAAUUUUUCUAUUUUAUAAUUAUAAUUAUAAUUAUUAUUAUAACUAUUAUUAUAAGUAUUAUUAUUAUUUUAUUAUUAUUUACGUAUUUAUAUAGUCCCUUUCAAAACAUUAAAAUAAAUAAUACAAGUCAAUAAAAUAAAUAUACUGUAUGUAUGUAAAACAUUUUUUUUCAUCAUAUAAUGAAUUGUUAAUUCCUUAUCUUCACACAAUAAUAAUGGUCCAUAUUUGCUGUGGUGCUUUGCUGCAUCCACCACCAGAGGGCAGCACUCUCACAUCUUACAGUUCAAAUGCUGAUGACAAUCAUUUAAAAUAUUACUAACUGAAUUUAUAUAUAGAUUCAGUUAAAAUAUAAAGAACAUCCGUAACUCUCUCUCUCUCUCUCUAUAUAUAUAUAUAUAUAUAUAUAUAUACGAACACACACACACACACACACACACGAAUAAACUUAAAUUAUUUCAGAUUAUUACAACUAUAAAAAAAUCAGAACCACUGAAUAAAAGGAUUAAACAAAAAAAAAUCGUAAAUGGCUAAAACUAUUCAAAGUAAAAUGAAUUAUUAACAGUAUAUUAAAUAUGCACAAAAAGAAACGAAAAAUUAACUAGAAUUACAACCCAAAUUCCCCCCAAAAAGUGAGUAAAAAAUAUAUAUUUUUUGUUACAUUAGAGUGUUAUUUUGUGCAUCAUAAUCACAUAUGUUUAUACAAAAUAUAUUUGACAGAUAAUUAAAAUCCUCUUUAUUUAAAAUGUGAAAAUCUUAAAAGAAAUGUUUAAAUUAUAAGAAUAAUAUUCAUAAGAUAAAGGAGCAGUGCUACAUAUUUCCAGUAAUAUUUACAUUAAAAAAGCUGUACAGAUGUCACAAUAUAUCACUAUAUAUGUAUAUGUAUAUAUAUAUAUAUAUAUAUAUAUAUAUAUAUAUUCAUAUAUUCUCAGUCAGUCUGGGGGAUUCUCUAUUACACUAAUAAUAAUAAUUCCUGUUAAAUGUGUGUUUCUCCUGCAGUUCAUCCUCUUUUCUCUUUUUUCUUUCAGUGUCUUUGUUUUGUCCACCUGUAGUUCCGGUGUUUGUGUGCGGGGCGGGGCGGAGCUGGGUGGGGUCAGGUGUCGCUCUUACCUGCUCCACCUGUCUGUCUGUCUCUCCCACAGUUUACUCACGGUCCUGUCUGUCCCGGUCCUGCCCCGGUCUUGUCCCGGUCCUGUCCCGGUCUUGUCCCGGUCUUGUCCCGGUCCUGUCCCGGUCUUGUCCCCCGUGUGUUCCCGGUCUCGGCGGCUCGACCUGUUUCUCGCUUCAUAAACGUGAAUGUUUCUUUGUUUAAGAGGAUUAUUAUCACAUCAGGAUGCGAGAUGUUCUGCUCGACAACCAGACGUGCAGCAACGGGUCGGAGGUCAGGCUGUGGUGCGGCUCUCAGUCUGCAGUGUGUUCACUGUCUGCAGGUCACACACCAUUCUACACACACCUGGACAACAACACACACAUCACAGUUGUGCAGCCGGACAGAUACAACCCGUGGCUCGGACUCACGCUGGCGCUGCUGUCGGCGCUCCUGAUCGCCGUGAGCGUCACUCUGAAGAAGAAAGCUCUGCUCCGAUUGGCCAGAAACGGACAAACCAGAGCAGGUGACGGAGGACACGGCUACCUAAAGGACUGGCUGUGGUGGGGCGGCCUGUUAACCAUGGGAGUUGGAGAGGUCUGCAACUUUGCCGCCUACAUGUUCGCUCCGGCCACGCUGGUGACCCCGCUGGGCGCUCUGAGUGUCCUCAUCAGUGCAGUUCUGUCCUCCCACCUGCUGGGGGAGGUGUUGAAUGUGGUCGGGAAGCUCGGCUGCCUGCUGUGCAUUCUGGGAAGUGUAUUGUUGGUUAUCCACGCGCCACAGGAACAGGAAGUGACAUCACUGCAGGAUAUGACCAACAAGCUGCUAGAGCCUGGUUUCCUGGUGUUCGUGGCGGUGGUGCUGGUGCUCUGUGCCGUGCUCAUAUUUUAUUUCUCUCCUCGGUUCGGUCACUCCAACAUCUUCAUCUACAUCAGCAUCUGCUCGCUGCUCGGAGCCUUCACCGUGGCCUCGGUGAAGGGCCUCGGCAUCGUCAUCAACACAGUGGUUUAUGAUGUUUCAGUUCUUGCUAAACCUCUCACCUGGAUCCUGCUGUUCACCCUCGUCGUCUCCAUCGUCACACAGGUGAACUACUUGAACAAGUCUCUGGACACCUUCAACACGCUGCUGGUCUACCCGAUCUACUACGUCCUCUUCACCUCCGUGGUUCUGUCCACCUCCAUCAUCCUGUUCCAGGAGUGGAGGAGCAUGGCGGUGGUGGACGUGGUCACGACGCUGGGGGCCUUCCUGGUCAUCGUGGUGGGCGUGGCCAUGCUGCACCUCUUCAAGGAGCUGCAGAUGACCAUGAAGCAGCUGACCAAUCAGCUCUCUCAGCCGGUGGAGAGGGCGGGGCUUGCAGAGGAAGUUUCACCCAAUGAUGAUGGAGGAGGAGGAGGAGGAGGGGGAGGAGGAGGAGGAGGAGGAGGAAGGAGUAAAAAAGAGGAUAAAUACGGACUGAUGGACAACAUGAUGAUAGAAAGUCUUCCUCCGAUGAGAGACGAAGGGCCGAGAGUCUUCAUCAUCAGCUGAGAGAGACAGAGGAAGAAGAAGAAGAAGAAGAAGAAGAGGAGGUUUGUGUUUCCUGUCUGGACUUUGUAGUUCAGACUGCUCCGUGCUGUAGUCCUCAAACUGUAUGUGCACUUUCUAAAAAGGCCUGUGGUCUGACAGUCCGUCAGCUCUCACACGACAGAAUUUACACUAAAUAUUUAAGCGUCCGAGAGGUUUUCAAGAGUUCAAACCAACUCCUUUUUAACACUUUCUAACACAGAUUAACGACUGAACUGACAACAGAGUCAAAGAAUUUCAGCAAAGACACACAAAACAACUACAAAGACUCAUAAAGUGGUGACAAAAACACAUAAAUCAUCUUCAGAGAGACGUGAAAUUACCAACAAUACAACAUGAAACUAGAAAAAGAAAUAUAAGGCUGACAAAGAGACUAAAACGAUUUCAGAGACAUAAAAUAUCUUUAAAUAAACUUGAAAUGACUCCAGAGAGACACAAAACAGCUGCAAAGUGAAAUAAAACCACUACAGAUAUUUUAAAUGGUACAAAGAGACAAAAAAUUAAUGUAUUUGAUUUAUUUCCACAGAAAUUAAUCUAUAAAUGUAGAAAUAAGUAUAAAAUAAGCAAGGAAAAAUACAUUUCUAAAUUAAUAAAUAAAUACAUUUGGAAAUGUAAAAAAAGAAAGAAAAUAAUUAAUUAAAUAAAUGAAAGUGGAGAGAUAAAUCAACUAAAUACAAAAAUACAGAAAUAAAUAAUAAAAUGGAUGUUAAAAUAAGGAAUUCCCAUAUUUUUUGCAUUUCUUUGUAUAUUUUUUUUUCUUUAUACAUUUAAUUUCUACUCAUUUUAUUUUUCGUCCUUCAUACAGAUGUCUAGUAAAAUAAGAAAACUUUCCUUUAAAUAAAAAGAUUUUUAUAUUCAGGAUUUACAACAACAAGAAACAAACUAAAAACUCGUGCAACAGAUUUGAUAACUAACUUCAUACAACAAUUUUAUCAUUUUUAAAAAAAUUUUCUCUUUUGGAGACAAUUUAUAAUCCAGACUUAAUCUGAAAUGUUCUUUCUGAGGCCGAUGUGUCUGUCAGUGUUUUUUUUAAAUUUAUUUUUUACAGUAGCUGAGGUGAGAACCUGCGAACACCUGAGACUCUUUAAAUAAUUAAUAAGCUGCAUUAUUUUUCAGGUCACACAAACAAAAACACUCACCGAGUCACCUGAGAACUCAACAGUGACGCGACUGCAGAGUGAAAUAUCUAUUUUUUAAGGAAACUUUUAGAAAUAUUUUACUAUAUUUUAAAUUUCUCAGAAAUUCACUAAAGUUGUCGUUCUAACGCAGCAUCUGAACCUCCGUUAGAACGCUCCACUCUCCUGUUUUACACGUUCUUUAUCAAUUAGAGUCAAUAUUUUCUCUUCAAAUAUCAAUUUACAUUCAGAAAGUAUAAAAACCUAUAAAGGCCAUUUACUCAAAAUGAGUUUUUCUUCAUAAAAGUCAACUUCAGCUCCACUUUCAGACACCAAAAUGUUUUAUACUUGACUACAUUCAAUCAUUCAUAUGCUGAUUUAUAACAUUUUGUUCCUAAAAACAUGACCAAAAUUUAUCAUUUUUAUGACUUUUGACAGUAUUUUCUGACUAAUUAAAUGAUAAUAUGAGAUUUUCCAAUUUCCUUUUGUCGAAAAACUUUAAUACAUCAACAAAAUAAAAUAAGAACUUUUAAAUUUGCUUUAUCAAAUGUUCAGAUUUAUGUCCUGGAAUAUAUAUGCAAAUUAGCGCAUAUUUAAUGAGCCCACGCCUCAUUUGCAUAUCUAGACAUAACAUUUCAGAAAACUUGUAAUGCAAAAAAACUUUGUCUAACUGUAAAUAACAAACUGAGGAAGUUUCAUGAUGAUAUCUAUAAGUUUAAAGAAUGACCCUAUUCACCUGGAGUAUAAAAACCUAUAAAGGCCGUUUUCUCAAAAUGAGCUUUUUCUCAUAAAUCUCAACUUCAGCUCCACUUUCAGACACCAAACUGACCAGAUUUAUCUCUAACUACAUUCUGAAGCUUUUUACAAUAAUUCAUACCUAAUUUAUAAACUUUUUAUUCAUAAAAACAUGACGAAAAUGUAUGUUUUUAUGACUUUUUGACAGUAUUUUCUGAUUAAUUAAAUGAUAAAAUGACAUUUCCCAAUUCCUUCUGUAAAAUCUUUAAAUCUAAUAUAUCAACAAAAUAAAAUAAUAACUUUUUAAAUUUGCUCCUUUUUUUUUUUUGCCAAUGUUCAAAUUUAUCUCCUCAAAAUAUAUGCAAAUGAGCGCAUAUUUAAUCAAUCCACGCCUCAUUUGCAUAUCUACACAUAACAUUUCAGAAAACUUGUAAUGCAAAAAAAAAAGUGUCUUAAUGUAAAUAACAAACUGGGGAAGUUUCAUGGUGAUAUCUAUAAGUUUAAAAAAUGACCCUGUUCACCUGCGUAGAUAUAGAGAUUCUUAAACUUUUGUUUAUCAUCAGUAACUUUUUAUGGGUUUGUUGACAUUAAGAAAAAUCCAAAAUAUAACCAGAUUUAUUCUUUUUUCCAUUCAUUGCACUUUAUUCGCUUUAAUUCUCAUUUCAAAACCUUCAGACUUGAAACAUUUUGUCACUAAAAAAUCUAAAUGUAAAACAUUUCUACAGAGACUGGAGAACUUAAACUGAUGUGAAUGUUUUUCUAUUGUGUUUGUUUUUAUUUUCUGUUCAAGUUUUCACACUGGAGGCCAAAAGACAAACGUUUGUUUUUAUAGAAGGAAUGAAAGAACACUUUGUGUUUUAGGACGAUGAAUCUCAGAGGUUACAGACGUUAUUUGAUAUCGUCUCUCUCUUCAGAGCUGAAGGACCAGUUUAUGAAGCUGUGUGUGUGUGUGUGUGUGUGUCUGUGUGUGUGUGUGUGUGUGUGUGUUCAGCUGAAGACUUGUGUUUAUGAAGCUCAGAGGAAAAAAAGAUCAAAUGAAGCAAAAAACUGGAAACAGGUUGAAACUGCUAGCUUAGCUUAGCAUAAAGACUGGAAACGGGCAGAAAUUGUUAGCUUAGCUUAGCAUAAUGAGUGAAAACAGAUGGAAACUGCUAGCUUAGCUUAGCAUAACGAGUGGAACAUGGAAACUGCUAGCUUAGCUUAGCAUAAUGAGUGGAAACAGAUGGAAACUGCUAGCUUAGCUUAGCAUAAUGACUGGAAACAGGCAGAAAUUGUUAGCUUAUCUUAGCAUAAUGAGUGGAAACAGAUGGAAACUGCUAGCUUAGCUUAGCAUAAUUACUGGAAACAGAUGGAAACUGCUAGCUUAGCUUAGCAUCAAGACUGGAAACAGGUGGAAACUGCUAGCUUAGCUUAGCAUCAAGACUGGAAGCAGGUGGAAACUGCUAGUUUAGCUUAGCAUAAAGACUGCAAAAAGGCAGAAAUUGUUAGCUUAGCAGUAAGACUGGAAACAGGUGGAAACUGCUAGCUUGGCAUUCAAUCUGGAAACAGGUGGAAACUGCUAGCUUAGCUUAGCAUAAUGACUGGAAACAGGUGGAAACUGCUAGCCUAGCUUAGCAUAAAGACUGGAAACAGGUAAAACUGACAGCUGCUCAGAAACUGAUUAACAUGCUAACUGGUGUUUUCUCUUUAUGCUAAGCUAAGCUUUAUGCUAAGCUAACAGCCUAAUGUGCAGACAUGAGUGAUUUCAUCUUUUUUUCCUGUAAAUGUAUUUAAAUAUUCCUGCAGCAGAUUUUUACUCUUUGUAGUUUAUUAAACUAAUUCAGAAUCUUUUGUUUUAUGUUUUGAUCAGAAAGUUUGUGACUUUGUUUGUUUUCUGAAACUUUACUCAUUAAACUUUUUGUUUCCUGUGAGUUUUUAUAUUUUUAUUCAAUAAAGAACAACAA